AGGAUGUGCUCCAUGUCAGACAUGCUUCAGCUUGCCCCACGUCUGCACUUUGGCGCUUCUGACAUCAUGCGUGCCAUGUGUAAGACCGUCACCCUGCCCGCGUAUGUAGUACAUCCGGUUGUUCUGCACAUGCUCAGAGAAUGGCUAAGGAGAGGAGGAACCCGAGGAAGACUCUUGGAGAUUGUCCAAGCUUUCCGUUUCAACGAUGCGGUAGAAAGCAUAGCUGCAACCAUCAAAGCUGAUCCAGGCUUUGUAGAGUUCAUCUCGAGCAGCAUCCUGGAUCACAAAGGAGGAGUAGUGGAGCUGCGUGAACUCGAUAUCCGGGUUUCAAUUCCUGCCGGGGCGUUACGCAGGGGAAUGAGGUCUGUGGUCACCAUCAGGGUACCUAUAGAGGGCGCUGCUCGGAUUCCUCUCAGGGACGGUGAGGUGUUGAUCACUCCAGUCGUUGAGUGUUCCCUAACUCAGGAACUGCUCGAACCUGCUACGGUAGUGCUUCCACAUUGCGUCGGCCCUAAACAAUGCAGGGAUGGCUCAGGGAUGAUUCUGUACACCAAAACAGGACUAGGAACGUUCAGUCGCAGGCGGUUGCUUCCUAAUUCAUCAAGAGGUUUCCACAUCACCGAAGACAAGGUUGAUUUCACUACAAACCAUCUUCAGCUCUUUGCCUUGUCUUCCACCAACGUCCAAGGAGUACAGUUCAGAUGUGUAACCUUCCAGCCUCUCUUCAUGCCCUCUUCCCGGAAAGUCACACUCCGUGUUUACGUCACUCACCCCUAUAGGAGACCUAUAAAGGAUAUUGAGAGAGCCGAAAAAGAGUUGUCAAAACCCUUCUGCCUCGUGACGACUGCAACCAAGUUUUCAGUAGAAUCAACGACAAAGGAUCUAUUGAUGUGCUUCAGUGAUCGUUUCAUAGACAAGCAGAAAACAAUCUCGAUUGGGAAUCUACUGGCGGAAGAGAGUAGUGCCCUGAGCUUCGAGCUCGAGUUCUCGUCGUCUGAGGAUGGGAAGAAGACUUUCAAUCUCUCAAUCCAGCAGGGGACAUCCACACUUGUCAAACAGAGCCUCACUACUUCAAUAGAAGCGGAACCAGAUUACGGUGUUAACCUCACUGACGCGCAAGGGCGGCAGCACUUUGCUCCAGACAAGCUGCUUGAGACCUUGACCAACGUCCUGUUCACACCUAAGGACGUCCAGGGUCUGGGCUACCAGCUCGGCUUCUCGCAUUCAGCCGUAGAGAAGUACCUGAACAGACCGGAUUCGACUUUCAACAGUGUUUCAAGGUCGGGCUUCGACGAGAUGCUCUGUGACUGGAGACGUAGGGUUAGGCCGGGGGACCAGGUGGACAGACUCCGCACUGCCAUGAAGGAUGCCGGGUUGGGAUAUGUAGCCGACGUAUUUCUGCUUGGACAUGAGUCAUCCGUGAAAUUUGCACAACUCAAAAGGGAGCUACAGGAAAAGAUGUACACACCUUAAGCCUCAUACCCCCAUGGACUUAUUGACCACGUUGGAUUUGCUAUGACAGUGAACUAAUUUCCAAGAAUUGCCAUUUUGUUAAUGUUUUCUUUUUUUCUUUAUGUGUAAUAAACAAAUCAUGUUUCCUAGCCCAUUGAAUUUUACCGGCAAUGUGUUGAGUUUUAAUACACUAUCGGAUUUCAGAGAACAGAAAACCGUCAAUUCAUCAAGAAAUGAUUCUAGGAUAAAAUACAGUGUACAAUACUGCCAUUUUAUAAGUGAUGAUAUUAAUUUGUUUUCAUCAGAAUAGACAGUAUACAUUAAUCUGCUUUGUAUCAGUGUGACAAGAUGAAGAUAAUUUAUGUUUGAUGUGGAAGUCUUGAUACAAGACUAUUUUGAGACUCAACUGUAUCAAAACCAUUAAAUUGAUUACAUUUUUGUCCUUCUUAUCUUCUCUUUCCCUUUUUCUUGCACCAAUAAAGCCCACAAUACUUGUUACUAAUUUGACGUUUUGAAUUUUCUAACAAUUCGGUGAUCGCCUCCAGCAUCACAUGCCAGCUGGCACCCCCUCACCUAUGCCGGAGUGACCUAGGUUAAAACCGAAAGUCUGCGAAAUGUACCUCAAAGACUGUUAAGAUGGCAUUUUGAAAAAGGUGGGGGUGUGUGCGAAGUACACAUGUGCAUACAGAGGUGGUAUAUGAGCGCGCACGUACGCGUAAACACAAGUACGUACAACUUGCUAGGCUAGGCCGUCUCUUUCCAAAUUUAUUCAUUUAUUGAAUUUUCUCUAAAAAAAGAAGAAAAAAAUAUAGGGUCUAAAAAGAAAAUAAGCAG